AUGCUCUUCCGCAAGGUCUCAUCUUCGCUGCUACCGCUGCUGCAUACUGCUGUCGGCUCCCCAGCUCCGUCUCGGAGCAGCGAAGCAUCGCUACGCCGCGCGGCCGCCACGAUCCCCCAGGGAGCCAAAUGGCAGAUUGAGAUCCACGACCCCCUCGAUUUCUCUGGCAGCGGGCCCCUUGCACCGGCCGACGCCAAGGUAUGGACGCUGGAUCUGUGGAAUGCCAUCAAAAAGGGCGAUGAUGGCAAGACGACGGUCCAGAAACUGCGGGAACGCAACGGCAACGAUAUCGUCGUAAUAUGCUACUUCAACGGCGGCGGCGUGCAAAUCUGGGACGAAGACUAUGAUGCUUUCGCGAAUUACAAGUAUGGUGGUCUUCCUGGCUGGGAGGGCGAAUACUACGUCGACGUAUCAGCACCCGAAGUUGUCAGACUUAUGCGCGCCCGCGUAGCCAACGGCAUCGCCGGCGGCUGCGACGGCUUCGAUCCAGAUAACGUGGACGCGUACUCGCAGGGCCUGACAUCCAAGGAUGGGAAGACGAAGCUCGACGAGGCCGCGUACGUCGCCUUCCUGGCCGCGCUGGCGGAGCCUAUCCACGCCGCGGGCAAGCUGCUGGGACAGAAGAAUGCUGGGGACCUGACCGAGGCCCUGCUGGCGGGCGGCACCACUGACUUUGCCGUGUUAGAAGGCUGCAUCGCGGACAACUUCUGCGAGGACUUCAGGAGCGCCUAUGUCGAGAAGGGCCUCGCGGUGCUGCAGAUCGAGUACCCAGCGAGCGUCCAGCUCCCCGAGAGCGAGGAGGACAACGAGGAUGCCGUCUGCCCCACGGCGAAGGCGAGCGAGGCAGACUUCCGAACUGUGUGCGGGAGCCCAAUUCAGGGGUUCAGUACAGUCAUCAAGCACGAUGGCGGGGUGUGUGGCUUGGACGGGUUCGUAGAGUAUUGCGACGGCAGCGUGGUCAUCACGCCGACGGAGAAAUAG